GUUAACUCCGACAACUUCCUGUUAAACGGCGGUGUCACGUACACACUGGGCAAGGCGACGAUCGUCUGGAAACAGUUUUCUUCAUUUUACCACACCCGUGGUCUUAUCAUAGUAUCCAUGGCUCCGUUACAUGUACUUGUAACAUUUAGAAACAUUGGAGGAUCUGUUGGGACUUUGUAGUCGUCAGUAUCCCUACUCCACUAGUUGGGGAAUUCCGCUGCCAUUUUAGACGGGACUUUCCACAGGUGACUUCAGAAGGCCUGGAUUCAGUCGAGCAAAACAAGGCCAGUAGGACGGACGGUGAAGCAAUUCUCGCUGGGGAUUCAGCUUACUGUGAAAUCAGAAACUUUUCAAGGUACAAUUGUCGUGCAAAAGCUACUUUUUUACCAGGGUUUUCUCCUGACUUCCCGGUAAGGACUUAUGUGACCUCCUGAAGUGCCAGGCAAACGACCAUGGACCGGUAUCAGUUCAUCCGGGCUGCAGCAGAAGGAAGUGUAGAGAGAGUUCGAAGGCUGCUGGAGAAAGGGGUGGACGUCAAUACAAGGGAUAUUGACGGACGAACGGCCCUACAUGAAGCAUGCAUGGGGGGUUACGACAAGGUUGUGGAGCUGCUCAUCGAGAACGGAGCUUGUCUCAAUAUGACUAGCAAUGACGGAAACACAGUUCUGCAUAAAGCGUGUUUGGGAGGUCAUCUCAAGAUUGUGGAGCUUCUCAUCAAGAAGGGGGCAGAUCUCAAUGUGACUGACAAGUUCGGACACAAAGCCCUGCAUGACGCGUGUAGGGGAGGUCAUGACAAGGUUGUGGAGCUGCUCAUCAAGAACAGAGCUGAUCUCAAUGUGGCUGACAUUGGUGGCGUCACAGCUCUUCAUGAAGCGUGUGGAGGAGGCCAUGACAAAGUUGCGGAGCUGCUCAUCAGGAACGGAGCCGAUGUUAAUGUGAAUGAUAAUGACGAAAACACAGCUCUGCACAAAGCGUGUAGAAGAGGUCAUGAAAAGGUGGUGGAGCUGCUCAUCAAGAGCGGAGCUUGUCUUAAUGUGAUUAACGUGAUCGGAGACACAGGUCUGCAUGACGCGUGUAGAGGAGGUCAUGACAAGGUUGUGGAGCUCCUCAUCAAGAACAGAGCUGAUCUCCGUGUGAUUAUUAAGGACUGCAAGAGCCCAAACUUAACGGAAUAUGUUGCAGGACUGGGAAAAGGUACACAGUUAUUGUUGAAGACAGAAACACGGAAGCAUGCGGAGUACAACGAGCUGAUCUACUCCACGGGGUCUAAGAAGGGGACAACAGUCAAGCUGUUUCUCUGUGGAGAUGGGCAGGUCGGUAAAACAUCUCUGGAAGCCAUUCUAGAAAAGACCGGCUUCCUUGAAAGAAUUGUGUGGAAUGUCAGGUCCUGGUACAAAAUGCAUACGGGGGACGUCUUCAACCCAACCCCAGGAGUUAAUGUGUCAAGGAAGGAUGUGCUGGGAAUCGGAAGACUUAGCGUGCAUGACUUCGCAGGACAGGCGCAGUUCUACGUCACACACGCCAUGCUGCUCCGCACCACUAACGCCAUCUUCCCUGUCGUCUACAAAAUCACAGAUGGUGAGGACGAACAAAAACGGCAGAUCCACGGCUGGCUGAGUUUCAUCCACUGCAGUAACGCAGACCCCACCAACAAACCCCGGAUCGUCCUGAUCGCCAGUCAUGCGGACAAGCUACAGGACCAGGAAGCAGGUCUCCAUCGAGCCACGGCUCUGGUGGAGCACUACAGGAAACUAUUCCAGGAGGCACUGAUUGUGUCGCAGGAGGUUUUCCUGAUCAACUGCCUGAAAGCGGGGUCGUCUGAGAUACAGCGGCUGAGAGAGGUGUUGUCAGAAUUCAGGGACGAUUUGCUAGAGCAAAGACCGGAGGUUCCCAAGGUCUGCGUUCGAUUGCUAGGAGAAAUUGAAUGUUGGAGGAAGGAGAGGAAGACGUUCCCAGUGAUGGGAUGGCAGGACUACUUGGCCUCUAUGGAGCAUGCUACUUACGGCACUGUCAAGGAACGUAUUGUACAACUGGCGACAUCUUACCUACAUGAUGAAGGAGAGAUCAUCUACCUUCGCCACGAAACCGACUCGUUGGUAGUGCUGGACCUCCAGUGGCUGUUCACAUCCGUGUUCGGAUCUCUACUCGCCCCGGACAACUUCGGCAAGAUAAUUGACAAGAUAAAUCGGACUGCCGAGGACCAUGUCACACUGGAGGAGCUCACCAGUGUCUUCAGUGCAGCUGCCGACAUCCCUCUGCUAAUCAAACUCCUCCAGGACUUCCAGCUCUGCCACACGUACGACGGUCGCACCUUCAUCCUCCCAAGCCUGCUGCAGCAGGAGAUGGAAAAGACGGCGUGGUCUCCUGUGUCCAGCAAUGCUAUCUACUUCGGCCUGCAGAUUCGAUGCCGUACGGAGAUCGACAGCUUCUCUUGUGACCUGUUCCCGCGGCUGCAGACGCUGCUGAUGCAGGCGCACCCGGGCAAGCUCAGUCGGCCUCUCCUGUGGAAGGACAGCGCCAAAUGUACUGAUGGGGAGGCCGGAGCACUGCUGCAGAUCACACAAGACAAGAGGCAGCUCAACAUCUUCGUCCGGAGCACGAGAGGUAUCAGGGAACAUUGCACAUCUCUCAUGGACCUGCUGAAGGACAUGACGUACCGCCUGCUGCACGAGACCAGCCCCGGAGCCAGGUCACGGGACAUGGUUCUCAGCACCCUGGAUCUCCUGGAACACAGACCGAAUCCUCACGCCUACAGCAGGGAAGAGGUGGAGGCGGCGGCAGCAAAGGGUGAGAACCUCGUCCAUCCUCAGAGGAACGUCCCGGAGAGAGUCAAGGAUCUCCUGUUGCAUCUUGGCAGCCUGAAAGGCAUGCUGGGACGGGUAGCCCAGAAGAGGCCGGAGCUAGUGGAGACCCUACGUCACAUCAACCCCAUCCUAGACCACCUCCGCGCUGAUGACGUCAUCAACUUGGACGAGAACGACCGCAUCCGGGCGGCCAGAACUCCCCAGGAUGCAGCGCGCGAGCUGCUGGACAUCCUGGAGGCCAAAGGUGAAAGGGCAUGUGUCAAGUUUCACUCAGUCCUUAAGACAUGUGAUAAAUAUGCUGCAAGCCUACUAGUGGAGGAACAAAUGUCUGAGGAGGGGGCUGCAGCAAAUUAAACUAUCACAGUACAUUGUUGUAAGCCUUUUUUUAUUAGCCAAUGGCAAAAUAUGGAAACAUAAAAUUUCAAUUACUAUGUUUAUUAGAAAUAGGUUAUUGGAGUUUCAAUUUCAAUUACUAUGUAUGUUUAGUAGAACAUAGUAUGUUGGAGUUUUUUUUCUUCCUAAGAGCUGCCACCUACAUCGGCUACAUACGGCGGUGGCGAGAUCCUAGAAGCAGCCCUCCAGUCAGAAACUCCGAGGAAGGUGUCAGAUAGACAUCGAAUCGUAAGCAGAUAAGAGGCUAUACUGUUUGUGAAAAAGAAAACUCCAAUGUCUUAUGUAAUUUCAUUGUCUGCAAGCUCCUAAUGCUACAUUGAAUGCCAUGGUGUAUAUGGUAUCCUGAGCCUAUGCGCAGCUGAUUGUUUAUAAAGAAUAUAUCAUGAUAUCCAGUUUCUAUGUUUUCAUCAUUAUAAUGAGAUGAAUAUGCUGCAGGCCUCACACAUCAGCCUGGGCAGCCUGUCACUUCAUCAAGUUAUACCAAUGAUACCAUCACUGUGAUAGUACUGUUGUUACAAACCUUAAUUAAACACAACAAUGAAGGAAGUUAAGCUUCUUUGUGAACUUUAACACAGAAUGAAAUAUUCUACUCAUGAUGUUAAGGCUUUACAGAAUAAGUCCCUCUUUUUCUAGCUUACAGACAGGCUACAUGCAUAUUAGUAUGGUCUGGCUAUGAUGUCUAAGUAUGUAUCACUAUACGUCAACCAUGUAUGCUGUCAAUUGAUAAGACGAGGGUGGGAGCCGGUGCAAAAAAUGCAGGUACAGGUACAGUCCAGGUCCAGGAGAUCAGGUCUGGACCUGAUUGUCUGUGAAUUUAUUAUACUCAAAACAAUGGAAAUGCUCCAUUUCGCUAAAAGAAAGGUUCUGGUAGGUGCAGUAUCCGACGUCCAUUGGCGUAUCAAAACCCUACAUUCAUGUUAACAACACUAACUGCCUCUAAUUUUGAUCAAGUUUGGCAUAGAAACUUGGCAGAAAUGACUACCAACUCUCCUUUUUCGCUCUUGUUAUAUUUACUUGGACGUGUGAGCCCCAAACCACGUAAAUGUCUGCCAGUAUAAUUUGUUCAUUUUCGAAUCGGUCGAACAUUCGGUGCACUGAUUUUUUUUCAGGUCCGAUUUUCGAACCGGUCCAACAUGAAAAACGCGCUUUUGUACCGCUACCCACCCCUAGAUAAGACCAUUUGGCGCAUUGUGCAUGCAGCAUUUAUUCGUAAUAACGCCAGUGGUGAUUCUGGACAAUG